AUGUCUAAUAAUAAUUCCCUACCAUCAGUUAAAGAAGUUAAUCAAUGGAGUCCGGAUCAAGUUAUUGCUUUUCUAAAUUCUUAUAAUGAAGAAAAAAAGUUAUUUCUCAGAAAUGAAGACAUUAAAAAAAUUAAAGAUAACUGGAUUCCGGGUCCAACCUUUCUUUCUUUAACUUUAGAGACACUCACUCAAAAGGAUGGAUUUCCUGAUCAACUUCCUCGUAAAUCUGACUUGGCAAAUUUUCUUAAGGAAAAGCCCCCAGUAAAAAUACCGCUUGCACCUAUUCAUUUUUUCCAAUUCAACACCAGUCUGGGUGGGAUAACUGAAGAAGAACGAAAUACAUAUUUUAUAUUAAGUACAGAAGCGGAUUGUACAUCACUUUAUUCAAGACUUUUAGGACAAUUAAUUUACCCUCCCUCAUAUGGAAACACCGAAGACUCUUAUCAUGAUUUGUGGGAUAGUAUUAUUAAAAAUACUUUAGAGUUAUUUGGAAUGCAUAGCGCUAGUUUGCCAACUUUGCAAUUUGAUCGCAAUACUAACAAACGAACCUCAACAGGUCGCAAUCGUCCAGACAUGGUUGUAUUAGUGAAAAACGUUUGUCCUUUUCGAGGUGAAGAAAAGGCCCGGGAAGAAGGAGGAGAUCCUUCGAUUGAACUAGUUGACAAAAUCAAAGAUUGGACUUACGGGGAUGCACCAUACAUCCUUGCGUACUAUGCUAUUGGUGUUCAGAUUACAUUUGUCGCUUUGUACAAGCCUGAAAAGAAGAGAAAACUGAGCAUUUGUUCUGAACGAAUUGCAGAAUUCGAUUUAGGACGUCGUAUAUUACCUAUUAUAGUGAAUCUAUGCCCUUCGAGGGAUUCGCCGGAAUUUCAAACUAUUGUUCGACCAAAUGGAACCAUUAUUGAGCUUGGGUAUGCAAUAAAGAAAAAAUUCACAAACGAAGACCGAAUUACACAUUUAAAAGAAAUCUAUGGAAUGUUAAGUUUAGAACAUUCGUCUACGCAUUCUGUUAAUUUGGCACCACGUGGAGAACAACGUGAACCAAAUGAUCUCAGAGAAUUAUUGCAAGCAUUAAUUUGUACACUAACUUGUUUAAAGGGUAUGCACGAAAGUAAACCUAAGCCGAUAAUGCAUAGAGAUGUUCGAUGGCCAAAUAUUAUUCGCUACCAUGACGAAUAUCAAAAAUUUAUUUUAAUUGACUUUGACUAUGCUAACUAUUCCCCUUCCGAUGAGCCUUUAGAAGAAUUUUCUGAAACUGAUCAUGCUCCCGAAAUGUUAACUAAAAAGCAUGAUCUUAAGGUUGAUAUAUGGGGUGUUGGAAACUUAAUUAAUUCAUGUAAUGUCACAGGCAUUCCUUCUGAACUUUUAAAUUUCAGCACAAAUUUGUGUAAAGGCAAUCCAAAUAAACGACCGACUGCUUCAGUUGCUCUCGAUCAAGUAGAAGACAUGUUUAGAAAGUGGUUUCCAAAUGACGACUGGCUAGAAAGAAUUGGAACUGCAUAA